CCCUCUCGUCUGACCCAGCUGCCACUGGAUGACGAGCAGCCACGAUACAGUGUUUCCGAACUACAAGACUACUUCCAGCGCAUUAGUCUUCCUCAGAAGUAUUUGGACGCGCCUGUACUAUCAGACAAGACUCUGGCCACUACCAGAGAGCAUGGCCUUCCCUUUUUGCAGGCUCUGACUAGACAUCAUACCUGCAACGUUCCCUUUGAGAAUCUCGAGCUUCAUUAUUCCGCACACAAGACAGUCACACUCAACAUACGGGACCUGUAUGCCAAGAUAGUCAAGCAGCGACGCGGUGGUCGCUGCAUGGAAAACAACACCUUUUUCGCCACCGUUCUCCGCUCCCUCGGCUUCCAUGUGCGCAACUGUGGAGGUCGCGUGUCGCGAGCAAUGAGCCCUUACCCGGAUGUCCGUCGGGGUCAAGUGUCCACAUAUGAUGGAUGGAAUCACAUGCUGAAUAUCGUGCGAUUCGACGGCGACUGGUACGUCGCGGACGUUGGCAUGGGGGCUAUGGGCCCCAAUCUCCCUUAUCCCUUGCGAGAUGGAUUCGAAACGAGCAGCAUUGCUCCCAGGCUCAUCCGCGUCCAACGACGCGCUAUUGCGGAGUCCUAUGGAACCCACUCCAACGAAAUGUGGUGUUACGACGUUUGCUAUAAUCCGAGCGACGACGAUGGUAAGAGAUGUACGCCAGUCUAUUGCUUUACUGAGACAGAGUUUCUUCCCCAGGAUUACGAGAUCAUGUCGUGGUUCACAUCUACGCAUCCGAGAUCAUUCUUCACCAAAUAUGUCACCAGUACAAGGAUGCUCAUAGACGAUGCCGGAGAGACGAUCGUUGGCAGUAUAACGCUUUUUGAAGCCGGUAUCAAACAGAGUAUUGGCCUUCACCGCAAGAUUGUACAAGAUUGUGCAACAGAGGAGGAGCGCGUCGUUGCUUUGAAAGAAAUCUUCGACAUAGACCUUGCCGAAGACGAGAGAAAAGGAAUUCCA